GACUCAACAAUACGCCGCCCUAAGGUGAUCCUCYGAGAUAUCGUUCCGUUCAGGGCGUGUCCCGCUAGGUGUGACUGGUUGAGUGUGUGCCAUUAGUGGCUGGAACSGAGCAGAACAUAACAGUCCGCCCACGCACGUUGUAACAAAUCGGAGAAAGGGACGGGUGACAAAUCAACUAAUAGCGAGAUCUUAGAACGUCUGUCAUUAUUUGAGCUGGAGAGCAACUCCAGGUGGACUUUUCUUGAGUCGCUCCGGGACAAAGUCCGACUGCCUUUACUCUAAAAUGACAAAGGUUCUCAUUUAUCCUGUCUUGUCGCUGCUGAUCCUUUCCUUUGUGGAGUCAUGUUAUAUUCCUGCCUCUCUAAACGUCGUUUCGCCACAAACCAUUCCAGUUGGAUACCAGAUCACAAAAGUUCUUGUUAUUGUUUCAGAUUCACAAGCCACACACGAUGUGUACUACACCAUCGAAGGACGUGGUGUGAACCUGGACCCAGCUGGCAUUUUUAGUCUUAACAGUAAAGAUGGGGCUCUGUACGUGCACAAGACAGUGGAUCGAGAAACGAUUGCACAGUAUACACUAACGAUUAAUGCUUUGGACAAAAUAUCCCAUGUGCCAAGAGAUUUACCUUUGGACAUUGUAGUAAAAGUGGACGAUGUAAAUGAUAAUGCGCCAGAGUUCCAAGGCAAGCUUGAGUUUACUGUGCUUGAGCAAAGCUUAGCUGAGCUGGUGGGGAAAGUGAAUGCCACAGACAAAGAUGAUCCCAAUACAGACCAUGUGAGGAUCAGAUACAAGCUCCUUGAUGGGUUGGAUUUUUUUGCCAUCAAYGCCGAAACCGGUGUCAUCUCCACAAUCUCUAAGAAGCUGGACCGGGAGACAAAAGAAAAGCAUAUGGUUACUAUAGAGAUCAGAGAUUUGAAGGGUGCACCAGCGGGUCUUUCCAGCACUGCUACCGCAACAAUCACCUUGAAAGACAUCAACGACAACCCACCGACUUUYAACCAAAGUUCAUAUAAAGCUACAGUUCCAGAGAACGAGGGUGACAAACUAAUCCUGAGAAUUCCCGUGAAUGACAAAGAUUUAAUAAACACACCCAACUGGAUUGCCAAAUUUGUCAUCACGAAAGGAAAUGAAAAUGGAAAUUUCAGAAUUGACACUGAUCCCAAAACAAAUGAGGGGCUUCUUUAUGUUGCAAAGCCCUUAGAUUAUGAGACGAACAAGAAAGUAAUGCUUGAGAUUUCGGCCCAGAAUCAAGAAAAGCUGGUUGGAGCCAGUUCCAGCUGGAUGUCCGUCCCUGUGGAGGUUGCUGUCACCGACAUUGACGAAGGCCCGGAAUUCCUUCCUCCUACUGUUCGCUACAAUGUCCAAGAAAACAUACCAAAUGGCACAGUGAUUGGGACGUACAAAGCUAUUGAUCCAGAGACCAAGAGMAGUGCUGGCAUAUUGUAUUACAAGGUGUCUGAUCCAGGAUCAUGGGUUGGAGUGAACACCAAUACUGGAGAGCUGACGGUUACGAACACCAUUGACAGAGAGUCCCCUCUUGUCCAGGAUGGGAUUUACAACAUCACCGUCAAGGCUGUUGAUGCCAGUAAGUUGUUGUUCACCAUGCAGAAAGCAGUUGUGCUACUCCAGCCAUUAUCCAUAGAAUAUCCAGAGGAUGAUGGCUGGAUAAUGACUAACAGAGAAGAUCUGAAAAUCGAAUGCUUAAGCUUAAAAGAGCUAAAGUUGACAUGUCUGGCAAAUGCUAAGCCUUCCAGCAUUCUAAAGAUUUAUUCUGUUUUCUGUWACAUUACAGGUUUACUGUUGCUCUUCACUUGCACUACAAAGCCAGAGAAGGUUACACUUGAAGACGAAGGAUACAGUAGAGGAAUCCUCAUUCCAUCGAACACAGAGGCYCCCGGCGAUGAAGUGGAUUCCAUGGCUUUUCCGAGCACUUCAUUAGAGCAGGGAGUAAAAGAUUCAAUGAAGGGCUCUGUAGUGAACACUGGAUGGCUGGGAAACAAAAGCACAAGCACAAUUGGAGGCCAUAGCGUGCAUGAAAAUGGAUUUCAACAGUCCAUCGGCCUUAAUACAAUGAAUAAAAUGUCCUCUAGGAGGUUUGAUAAUUACGGUCAGCAUUUUGACACCAUGGGGAGUCAACGUCUCAACAUGAAUGCCAUGGAUUAUGAUCAAUACAUUAUGGACAAUAAUCUAUCUCGUACUUGGAAGACACAUGACCUUUAUCUGAAACAGAAACUGGCCAUGAUGGGAGGAGAGAGGGACGAACGCUACGCAGGUGAUAUCAUGCACUCCUAUGACUACGAGGGGAAUGAGUCUGUCCACGGCUCCGUGGGAUGCUGCAGUGAGCACGGCGACAAAGAAAAUCUUGACUUUUUGAACACACUUGGGCCAAAGUUCAAAACUCUUGGAGAAGUCUGUACAAAGAGAUGAAAAAAAGAUAAUGAAGUGGUUUAGGUUUACUUUCCAUUGUACAAGAUAUAGAUGCCUGGGUUAUGAAUGCUUGGUAUGGUGCUGAAUGUUUAUUAUGUUAGUGUUUCAUUAUGACAUUUUGAAUUUUUUUUCUUCUUUUUUGUAGAAGCCUUUUGCACUGAAAACAAAGCAGUUAUCAGUUUCACACAAGUCAUGUGAUGCUUUCUUUUGUGGUAAUUUCUUCCUAUAGACUUGGUCAUGUUCAAAUUAAGAUGUAUAUGAAGAUAAUUUAAAGCUUAAAAUCUGUUUAUAAUGACUUGAUUGUUUAGCUUUUAUUAAUCUUGUGUUCACAGAGAACAAAAUGCAUUUUUAUCGUCAGCUUUGUCUGUAUAGUUUCUGAGGUAUUUUAUUCUAUUUUUGGCUGACAUUUCAUACAGUGUUCUAUGUAUAAAACCAUAUUUUUUUGUUUUUUUUAAACACGUGCCGACUUUGGGAUUCUGUUGUUUGUCUUUUGGUGAUUUUCCACUGCAAGCUUUUCCAUUUUUUUUUUUUUGUUUUAUGCACUAAUUAUGUGUGCAGGCACAUUCCACCCGCAAAGGAAUGUGUUUACAGUUGACUGGGUGUAGUUUCUGCAGAGUGUCAGUGGGAUUAUUGCAACAUUCUGAGACAACRGAGUUUGCGAAAAUCAACGCAAGGGCGUGAACACGAGGGGUGGGGUGUGACACUGCCGUCAACUGAAUCCCACUGUUCAGACACAUGCAAGGUCAGACCCUUCAGUAAGAUAUCCAUAAAGCUGCUUGCUUGAAGAGGAUCAAAUAUUUAUUGUCGAGCAUUUUUUUUUUUUUUUUUUUAGUUUUGUUGUCUGGUUUAGUUUUAAAUGAGCUGAAAAGAAUAAAUUCAAGUAAGAUCUGAAGCAGA